AACAAAUGAAACUAAGAAAUUAUAAUUCAAAAUUGAUUUGUUUAAAAUAUGACUGCAAUAGAAUUCUCCUGAUCAAAUAAGAUCAUGCCAAUCAUAGAACAUAUGCUUAGUUGGCCAGGAAAUCCAACACAAAAGUUGUGUAAUUAUGGUAGAACUACCGUAGAUUUUUACUUUGGCAUCGUUUUAUCGAUCACUUUACUAUUAUUAAACAUUUCGGCUCAAUGUCCAAAUUUAGUUUUUUGUCGAUGUGGCACCAGCGAAGAUGCAAUAUAUUACACACACUGCAUUGAUGAAAUAUUGGAGGAAAACGUAUGUGACAGGUGGGUGAACUGCGAGACAUGUGAAGCUAAUAUAACAUACUGCUUGACAUGCCCUGAAGGUCACUCUGGCCCUACCUGUGAAGAUCCAGUUGCGAAUUGUUCUGAUCCCGGAAUUGUUCCGUUUGGCUACCGUCGCUUAAUAAACGGCAUUCGUUCUAAAUCAAAUAGGAUCUACACUUUUGGACAAUCCUUGCAGUAUUUCUGCAACCAAGGAUACGAAUUAGUGGGCAAUAACGUUCUGACUUGCUUGUCCUCAGGGCAAUGGACAAGCCAAACACCAUCCUGCCAGCGUAUCUCUAUUGCUGAUACAUCCUCAAGACAGCCAUUUUUCUGUGGAUAUCCAGAUCAAAAGCCAAAUAGCAGAUUGAUCACAUACGCGAGUGGAGGUGGAACUUUCCCCCCAGGAGCUCUGUUUACGUAUGCAUGCAACGAUGGGUACUAUACGAGGGAUCCUCUUGUUGCCAUAUGUUUGCCUUCCGGUCAAUGGAACACAUCUGCACCUACCUGCAUCAGAAUUGUGGCCCCAACCACUACGCCGCAGUCCUUUUGCACUUAUCCUGAAAUGGAUGAAACUGGUAUGAUUAUCGAACCGUUCCUUGAUGCCCAAGAGAGGAGAAGGCCGUUCCCGCCAGGAUCUAAGAUCACUUUUGAUUGCGAAGAAGGUUACGAAAUGGUUGGGGAUGAAUGGAAGAUUUAUUGCAAACUCAAAGGACAAUGGACUUCAGACCCUCCCAUAUGUGUGGACAUUUCUACAUAUGAAGAUACUCUAGUUCCUGAGGCUGUCAUGGGUGGCUGCCCAGUUCCCACAGUAGAUCCAAAUGGAGCCAUGGAGGAUAUACCACCAGAUGAUCCUAGACGAUUAGGACAAGGAUUUGAUGCAGGAAGUCCGGUGAAUUUCACUUGCAAUGAUGGUUAUGAGCUGGAAGGCAGCAAUAUGAUUAUUUGCCUUCGAAAUGGGCGCUGGAAUUCCCCCCCACCCACGUGCAGAAGUAAUCUACCUCCCGUGAGGACUGCCAUUGCCAAUAUUGUAAAGUGCACGGAUCCAGGUGCAAUUGCAAAUGGAGGAGUUGUUGUGCUCUAUAGUAUAGCCAGAGUAAAUCGUACCUCUUCUGUUGGACCUCUCACGUAUCCAGUUGGUACUAGGCUCACAUAUGCCUGCGUUAAUGGUUACUCUUUGCAAGGAGAGAGGCAGUUAAAUUGUAGAACUACAGGAGAGUGGUCUGGGGAGAAACCGAUAUGUGCUGCAAUUCCUUCUCAACCGAGAGACUUGCAUGAGAAAAUAUCAACGAGUACAUCAAUAGAAGUUGAAUGGAAAGAACCCAGUCCAGCAAAUAAUCCAAUCACAAAUUACACUGUGAGAUGGAUCAAUCUCGGCAACGAUGCAAUGAAUUCCAGUACUACAAACGAAACAAGCUAUCUUAUAGAAGGACUGGGAGCAUACACCGCCUAUUCAGUUCAAGUGAGAGCAGCUACAGUAGCUGGAUUUGGCAACUGGACAGAACCAUUAGUGAUACAAACCAAAAUUAGUGACUGUGGACGCCCUUCAAUUGGUAUCUCAGAUUCUUCAUUCCGAAAUACAUUAACAGUACCAGAAGAAUGGCCUUGGACAGUGGCCAUCAGUCAGAAAAAUACCGACAAACUUCUAUGUGGCGGAGCUCUUCUGGAUGACAAGACUGUUCUGACUGUAGCUCACUGCGUCAGACCGAAUCGCGAGUAUACGCUUUUUUUCGGUGCACAAGAAUUAAUUAAAGGAAAUAAUAACACUCUUGUUCAAGAGAGAGAGAGUUGUCGAACAGUUUUACACCCGGAAUUUAAUCAUAGGACUUUUGAAAAUGACAUUGCUUUGGUGAAUUUCGAACCACCUGUUCAAUUUACAGAAAAAAUCCGUCCGAUCUGCCUACCAACUUCGGAUUCAACUGCAAGAAAUGUGGUUCCAGAAACAAAAGGAUUUGUAUCUGGAUAUGAAUCGACUACGCGUGGACCACCAUCUAAAGUAAUGCAAAAAAUCCAAAUUCCAGUUGUUUCAGAGCCGACUUGCAAGGAGGCUCACAGAAAGAAGCGUUUAACUUUACCCAUCACUCCAGGCAUGUUCUGCGCAGGUCUCGAAGAAGGCGUCCCGGGUUUUUGCUCCAUGGCCAGCGGAUCGCCUAUGGUUUUUUACAACCCGGUAGAAGACCACUAUACGUUGGAAGGAUUAGUUAGCUGGGGAGCGAGUUCGCCGUGUGUGAAAAAAGAAAAUUACAUUACUAUGACAAAAGUUGAAAAUUUUACGAGUUGGGUAUUAGAAAAUCAGCAGGUGAAAGAGAGUUGUAAUAAAUCUGAUCGUUAAAGUACCCAAAUAAUUCUCUUUAUCAAGAAAAAAAAAUGUUUCCGCUGAAGUGAUAAUCGGCUUACAGUUGUGUUUUAAUUAAAAAAAGCACCAAAAUAAUUUUCUUUACCUAAAAAAAAUUUUUUCCAGCGAAGUGAUGAUCGGCUUACGGUUGCUUUUUAAUAAAAAAAAAACACCAAAAUAAUUUUCUACCUAAAAAA